AUGGAUAAGAGCACGGAGACUGAUGAUAUCUUUAUCGCCCAAGAGUUUUAUGGGACAAUUCGGUGAGUUCGGUGAGGGUCAACAAAAGGAAGGGGAAGAUGCAGAUCUAAUCGGAAUGCAAACAGCAACGUAUUGGUCGGGCGGUGACCCGGGGUGCCCUUUUUUGUGGGUAAUCUGAGUGCCUUUCCCUUAUUUGCACCAAAAAAGGCCAAGACGGCGAAAAAAGGAGGGACAGGUGGGGAUUGCGGUCUCGAGGUUGCAGCGGGAGAGGUAGUUUUGAGGUCAGUACCUUCUUUUCGCGGAAAAAAUAAUUGCAUAAAGGCAGUUCCGUUUCAAACCUUCUUUAUUAUAAGUCUUGUUGCGCAAACUUUUGAAAUGUGAUGUUAGGUAAUGGCGGUGAUUUAUAUCAUUUUAUAUCACCUAGUUGAACAUCUAGAGAUUCAAAGUUGCUACUUUAUUAUGUUUAAAAGCAUUCCGUGUCUAAUGUGUUCCAUAGAUUUGGAUCGUUGGGGGUCCUAGAACUUGGAAAAUUUAUGGCCUCAGGGGUUUUUCUUUCCUCAUGUGUUCGGAAUUAAUUGAAAAGGAUGAAUUAAUUAAGGAGUUCAUAAUUUUUUCAUCCAGAACCGUGUUCAUUCCAACGUGCCAACUUCAGAAUAGCGUCUCUUUUGAUGGAAUUACUCUCUUGAGGAUUCCGCCGACAAUUUUCUCCUUCCUUUUUUGGAUACUUUAUCAAAAUAGUUUUUGUUUUUAGUCGAAUGCCUCGUUACAACACGACUGAUACUAAAAAUGUCGACACAAAUGAGUUGGAUCCGUGUUUAGCAGCUAAAAUAAGACUGGCAGGAAAUGGAAAAUGCAGGUAAACGCAAAAUAAUUUAAUCCAAAACAAUUUGUUUCUUCUAGAUCAAGUACAACAUGGGUGCUGAUAACGUCCCUGAUCCUUUUGCUGACCUCCAUCUUCAUCCUGCUCUUUGUUUUGGUGACCUGGUUUCCUAAAGAGGUUGGUUUAAUCGUAAGAUUGCCUCAAGUUCGAGCUUUUUGUUGUGACUUGACGUUGUUUAGUAUCCCCGUUUGAGUUUGCCAGAGCCGACCCGUGUCCAACAUGACCGUAUUUUGACGCCCAUGAAGAUCCAUCGGGAUCCCGAUGAGGUCUUUGGCAGAGUAAUCCCCACAGAACCGGAUAAAUUGCUUGAGGCGUAUAAUGGCAAAGUGUGUUUAACGCGUUGUAUAAUAGGUUGUAAUGGUGGUUGUAGAUUUAUUGGAACCAAUAUCCAGAAACGAGAAGAUCUCCAAUACAAGGAGAGGUGGAAUUAAAAAGAGCGCAAGGAAAUCAGAGAAUCAACUCAGUCGCCGACGGGGAUGCUGUGUCAAGUCAUGGAGUAGCAGACUCAAAAAAUAAUCUUUUUGGAAAUACAACUGAGAUGACAGUCGUCGGCAAAACAAUGUCAUCUACAAUAAUAAACAAGGUCACAUCAACUAAGCCUCCGGCAAUUGAAGUGACGGAGAAUUCUUUCACAACGUCUGCAGCAAGCCCUGUGGUUUACAAGUCAUCAGUUUUGGAUAACAUGCCGGAUUCUGAAAUCUCUACCGUUUUUCGUUUGGAUCCCUAUCCAAAACAGCAAUUAAAUUUGGCUAAAUCUACGAUGUCACCCCCACUUGAGGUCAAACAAAUCUCCGAGAGUUCUGACAGCGAAGACAUGCUUGAGCCUUUUGUAAAUACAAACUUAUACGGACCAUAUCAGUUUAUCAAAACAGAUUAUGUCGGCGAGGUAUUUGAUAUUUGCUUAAUGUUCGCUUGGCUUUUUUUAUCCAUGGUUUAUCAGUCUGUCGGGAAAAUAACGGCGGAUCGUCGCGCCUCGGAAUCGCCCAUCAUCGCUUUGCGACUGCAAGCCGCGGCUUGGGAUUUGGUGCGCGAUAGCGGCGAGGUGAGACAUUUUGCUGCGACAAUCCGCCGUUAUUUUCCCGACAGACUGAUAUCAUAGAGAAUUAUCGAAACAAAUGUGAACUUCUUACAGACAUGCUCGGAUUACUUGGAGGCUGGAAAUACCGAAUCUGGGGUGUAUAAACUCAAAUUAAAUGGGGUCGGAGAGUUUUACGCUUUAUGUAUAAUGGAAAAUAAUGAGGCUUGGAUGGUACUACAACAACGUCAAGAUGGACAAGAAGUGUUUUACAAUAAGACUUUCGAAGAUUACUCGCUCGGAUUUGGGGAUCAAGCCUCGGAUCAUUGGCUCGGAUUGGAGAAAGUGAGAGCAUUGCUGAAUAACUAUAAAGUGGAGAUGAGAAUGGAGGCGAGGGGGGACAGAUGUGAUCGGAAAAAGGGCUCGCUUUAUCUAGUGGGGCGUUACAACUUCAGCGUAAGCACUUUUUACUCGUUUUGGACAUCUCAAUAACUUGUCCUAUUCUAGAUCUCAACAAGGAAAGAGGGUUACAGACUAGGAAUCUACAGAAUUCUGUCAGGCAAUUUCACCGAUCCCUAUUCAGAUAUCAGCAAUUCGAAUGGGGCCGAAUUCGCCACGAUUGACAAGAACCCGAAUUCUAUGAAUUGCGCUGAACUCAGGAAAUUGGGGUCAGUUUUAUUAGAUUAAUUUGAAUAUUCAUAAUUUAUCAUAACUUCAGCGCCUGGUGGCAUCCUCCAAGUUGCUCGUUUAUUACCCUAAAUGGUGCCUACAAUGUCAACAAAUGCCACAGUUGGUCUGGAAUGCAGAUCUAUGCGCGGGAACGGUCUCGUCAAGGCUCCCAUUACAAACAAUCACAUCAUCGACCGCGAUUUACAAGAUUAGCGUUGAAAGUAACGGGAAAAGUGUAG